GAUAAAUAAUCAGAGGAAAAUUAUACAAUGUACCGAGUACCACGUGGCAAUAAAACUGAUUUACUGAAUAAAUAAUUACUCAUAAUCAGAGUGGAGAGAAACAUUUUCUGUUGUCUCUUCUCUGCUCUGCUUCACUCUCCGUCUCUGUGAUUAGUCCUUGACAAUGGCUGAGAGUUCCCCUAAUGCUGAGCUCUUGGAAUGGCCAAAGAAGGAUAAGCGUCGACUUCUUCAUGUUGUGUAUCGUGUCGGUGAUCUCGAUCGCACCAUAAAAUUUUAUACUGAAUGCUUCGGGAUGAAGCUGUUGAGGAAAAGAGAUGUUCCAGAGGAAAAGUACUCUAAUGCCUUUCUUGGGUUUGGCCCUGAAGAGACUAAUUUUGUCGUGGAACUGACUUACAAUUAUGGAGUGACUUCAUAUGAUAUUGGAAAUGGUUUUGGGCAUUUUGCUAUCGCAACUCAGGAUGCUUACAAGUUGGUUGAAGAUAUCCGUGCCAACGGUGGCAUUGUCACUAGGGAGCCUGGUCCUGUCAAAGGUGGAACUACCGUUAUUGCCUUUGUAAAGGAUCCAGAUGGUUAUAUUUUUGAGCUCAUUCAAAGAGGACCAACUCCUGAGCCCCUGUGCCAAGUAAUGCUUCGUGUUGGCGAUCUGGAUCGCUCUAUCCAGUUCUAUGAAAAGGCCUUAGGCAUGAAGCUGUUAAGGAAGGUUGAUAAUCCUCAAUACAAGUAUACAUUGGCAAUGAUGGGCUAUGCAGAUGAAUAUGAGACAACUGUUCUUGAGUUGACUUACAAUUAUGGUGUGACUGAAUAUUCCAAGGGAAAUGCAUAUGCACAGGUUGCAAUUGGUACUAAUGAUGUCUAUAAAAGUGCUGAGGUUGUCAACUUGGUCACCCAAGAACUUGGUGGAAAAAUAACUCGACAACCUGGACCACUUCCUGGAAUUAACACCAAAAUUACUUCUUUUCUAGACCCAGAUGGCUGGAAAACAGUCCUGGUUGACAAUGAAGACUUUCUCAAGGAACUUCAGAAGAAAGAGUAAUCGCUACCCAUAUGCUACUGUUUUGUGAAAUAGGCCAAGUGUUCUUCGUAUCUAAAGCAGCUAGUAAUCCUGUUUUAGUGUGGCUUUGGGUUUUGUGAUGGAACCAAAGAGAACAUGAUCGUAUUAAUCAGUAGUUGCAUAUUGUGGCUUUGCUUCGCUAUGAAUAUUUGUUCAUUCUGCUGUUUUCUCGUCAUACUAAGGUAUAGGGAGAAUCAAAAGUGAACAAUUAAUUCUAUAUUUCAGAAAUAUAGAUAUUUUUCGAUCUGAAAAUGCGUAUGAGUCUGUAAUUAAGAAAAAUCAACUCUACUUCAAUUUUAUGUUUCUUUUUAAGCCUAAAA